AUGAUCGACGCUCAAGAGCUUUUAGACGAGGAAGUUCAAGACCCGGAGGACGAAAACCAAAGUUCCGAGACCGCGUUUAAAAACAAAAUAGCGAUCGUGCAGGAGCGUCGGGACUGGCUUAAAGCUUCGAUGGACCGAACUACUGAUCCCGAAAAAAAGCGAUGGUCCAGGACUCUGCUCGAAAAACCUGAGGAGGACCUAUUUGAAUUAGAUGAUUCUUAUUUCACGGAAUCCAACCCUCGAGAUGGGGCGGAAGAACAAGGCCCGAAUGACAGAAAUCAAAGUUCUGAGCAAGGCCAGGAUACGAGAGGAAACAACGAUGAGCAACCAAACAACAAUACAAGCGUUGGAACCGGACUUAAUCGUGGCCAACCCGGGCAUUUUAAGAACGAACUUUCGCCCAGUGGAAAAGAAGGAAAUGGCUUGAAACAAGCAACCUUUGACAACGAUGACAAGCUAUUGGUUCCCUUUCCCGGAAGCGCUGCGGAUGGAAAAGUCAAGACUGUAGGGUGGCUCGGUCGCCGGGGUGCUAGAUAUAUCACCAAAUAA